AGCAAACCCUGCAAAAUAAAAUAAUUCAAGAAAAAUGAUUAUCCCCAGUUGGGCAAAGAGAGCAGAGAGCAUCUUCUAACCCUGUUUCCUCUAUCCAACUAACUCUAUUCUAUUUGACCUUGGCUGCCUUGCCUUUUAACUCUGUGUCUAUGCCUUUUUGUCUUCUCUCUGUUCAGACAAACAGUCGCUAAUGAAGCUUCCAUGAAAACUCAAUUCCCUUUCGAGUGAAAGCUUGCGAAAAUCAAAGGAGAAAAAGAAAAACUAAACUGAGAUUUCAAUCCUUUGUUUUUCAAGUCCUAUAUUCGAAUGGAUUCAUUGAAUUUCUACAACAUCAAAGUUGAGAAGGCGAACGCGAUGCAAAGGCAUCGCCAGCUUCAAAAGAUCGCAAACCUGUGCCGGAUAAUCAAGAACGUGGCAGUCAACUUGGCAAGUCCUCGCUUCGUGUUUGUUGUCGGAAACGUUAUAGUCAUCACUCUUUUCGUCAAGUCCGGCCAGUUUUCGACUCCAGAUUCUACCACAAAGACUUCUGAAUUUGAUCUUUUCGAGGAGUUCAUCAAGAAAAGUGAAAAAAAUCAGAGAGUUCACUCAGAUGAGACCCGACGCCUUGAAGAGCAUAGCACAUACGAUAGUAAAGUUAAGGAUUACCGGAGGGUACAGAGUUACUUGCAGAACUCAAACAGAGGCUUUGGUGAGAAAUCACUCCCUGUACCACAUCGUCUGGAGACAGAAAAACUCAGGAAGAGUUCUUACUCUUGUGACAGAUCGACAAAGAGCUCAAAUACUGAGGAUGAAAGUAGUCACGAGGAAUUCCAGCGCAGGGUGGAGGCUUUCAUUGCCCGACAGCAAAAGCUUCGAAGGGAAGAACAGUACUCUAUUAUACUUUAAAAUUACUAAAAGAAUGUAGCAGUUUUCUACUUCCAAAUUCCACACCGGCACACACUUCACAUCACUUUUUUUUUUUUUUUACACUCAAUAGGUUGAGUGUGUGCCUGUGUG